AUGUGUAGCGGGGUAUGUGCCAAGUGCCUGGGCUGCACCCUCACCCUGCUCGCCAUGAUCGCCUUCCUGGCGAGCAUCCUGUUAUUCUUCCCUGGAGGAAAAGAGAUAGACAGUGCCAGCCACCUUUCGGAAGAGGUCUGGUAUUUCGGAGGAAUACUGGGGAGCGGGCUCUUGAUGCUGCUCCCUGCGAACCAGUUCCUGGACCUGCAGAACAAUGACUGCUGUGGGUGCUGCAUCUACCAGAGGUGCGGGAACAGAUUUGCGAUGCUCUCUUCCUUAAUCUUCGCUGGGAUUGGAUUAUUGGGUGCCGGGUACUCACUCAUGGUCUCACUCAUCGCCAUCAGAAGAGGUCCGAAAUGUCUCAUGGCCGGUGGCCAGUGGGGCUACCCCUUCAUCAAUGGAGACUACCUCAGUGACAAGUCCUUAUGGAGCAAGUGUGAGGAGCCCAGAAACGUGGUGUCCUGGAACCUGACCCUCUUCUCCAUCCUGGCUGUCAUAGCGGUGGUCCAGGCGGUCAUCUGCGCCAUCCAGGUGGUCAACGGCCUCCUAGGGACCCUGUGCGCAGGCUGCUGCGGGGUCUGCCCUCUGUGCAUGUUCACGUACCCGGGCUGA